ACCAUGCCACAAGGCGAAGCUUUCUAUCGCGCUGUUUCGCAAGCUUGGCGCUUUAUAUUGUGUGUCUGCUGGAGCAUGUGUUCUUCUGGAAAUUGGCAAUCAAUUGGCAACGCAUAAUGAAGCAUUGGCAUCGCGUGGAGCAGCUCUUUCUAAGUAUACCUUAUCGCUUCUAUGAUGAAUACAAAAUGAAGCGACGCAUUAACAUUGUGGUGGGUCUCAUUAUGUCAUCUGCUUUGAUUGAACACUUUUUGCUGCUGGCCAAUUCUUUUCACUUGAGCAAUCUGGAGCGUACGCAGUGCAACAUUAAUGUGAGCUACUUGGAAGGCGUUUACAAGUGGGAGAGGCCGCAUCUCUACAUUAUCUUGCCCUACAAGAUUUGGUUGCUGCCUUUCUUGGAGUGGAUCAACGAGACAAUUGCGUAUCCUCGCUCGUUUACUGACUGCUUUAUCAUGUGCAUUGGCAUCGGCCUCGCUGCACGUUUCCAUCAGCUGCAUCGUCGCAUUGCCGCCGUACACAAGAAAGUAAUGCCUGCGGUCUUUUGGACAGAAGUGCGUCAACAUUACUUGGCUCUGAAGCGUCUGGUGCGUCUUCUAGAUGCUGCUAUUGCGCCACUUGUGCUGCUCGCCUUUGGCAAUAACAUGUCCUUCAUCUGCUUUCAGCUCUUCAACAGCUUCAAAAACAUUGGCGUGGAUACCAUAGUGAUGGUUGCCUUUUGGUACUCGCUCAUCUUUGCUCUUGUACGCACCACUUUGACCAUUUUUGUCACCGCUUCCAUCAAUGAUUACGAGCUCAAAAUAAUUACUGCGCUGCGCGAUGUGCCCUCCAAGGCGUGGACCACAGAGGUGCAACGCUUUAGCGAACAACUUGGCAAUGAUAUGACUGCGCUUUCUGGCAAUGGUUUCUUUUAUCUAACUCGUCAACUAGUGCUGGCUAUGGGCACCACAAUAAUCACGUAUGAGCUGAUGAUCUCCGAUGUCAUUAAUCAGGGCUCCAUUCGGCAGCGAACUGUUUAUUUUCUGAUUUUGGCGCAGUUUUUGGGCGUUCUCCCCGUCGCUGGUGUGUCGCCGAAUGCUGCUGUGGAGAAAGUUCAAUUUCGCUGGUUUUCUCUCUCGUUUCUCGUAAGCUGCAUCAUACUGGGCUUUGCCAUCAUGGACUGCGUGCUCUCCUCCAAAAUAGUCUUCGAAAAUGGCCUCAAGAUAUACACGAUAGGUUCUCUUAGCUUUAGCGUCAUCUGCAUUGCUGGCUUUAGUGUCUUUCUCGUGCUCUCCUUCCGCUGGCCUCGAAUCAUUAAGCAAACUACUCGCUGUGAGUUGAUUUUUCUGCAACCCGCUUAUGAUUGUCACUUUGGUCGACAAUUUGGGCGUCGCAUACGCAUUUGGGGCGUGGUUUUGCUUGUGGCUGCUCUCUGUGAGCACUCGACUUAUGUGGGCAGUGCCAUCUAUAGCAACUAUCAACAGAUUAAGGAGUGCCAGUUGGAUGUGGACUUUUGGUUGAAUUACUUUCAGCGCGAGCGUCAAGAACUCUUCACCGUAUUCCACUUCAAUGUGGUGCAAGCGAUCUUCAUCGAAUGGACCACUUUAGCCAUGACAUUCGUGUGGAACUUUGUGGACAUCCUGUUGAUACUGAUCUCUCGUGCCUUUCAGCUGCGCUUUCAGCAGCUGCAUUGGCGCAUCAGGCAACAUGCGGGACAACGCAUGUCCAAUGAGUUCUGGCAACAGCUGCGCUAUGAUAUUCUAGAGCUCAGCGAUCUGCUCAAAGUGUAUGACAAGGAGUUGUCCGGCUUGGUCAUCUUGGCGUGUUCGAAUAACAUGUACUUUGUGUGCGUGCAAAUCUAUCACAGCUUCAAAGCUCGUGGCAGCUUCAUGGAUGAGCUGUACUUCUGGUUCUGUCUGUUCUAUGUCAUCACACGUCUUUCCAAUAUGAUGUUUGCUACUGCAGCUAUACCACAAGAGGCAAGAGAGAUUGCCUACACUCUCUUUGAAAUACCCACCGAGUUCUGGUGCAUCGAACUUCAGCGCAUCCAAGAGAUACUUUUAAGCAACGUUUUUGCGCUCAGCGGCAAAGGUUUCUUCUUUAUGACACGUCGUUUAAUCUUUGCUAUGGCUGCCACGCUGAUGGCCUAUGAGCUGGUCUUGAUUAAUCAAAUGAGCGGCUCUGAGGUGCAGAAGAGCAUCUGCAGUCGUGGCGCUGGCAGCUCAAAGAUCAAUGCCUUACUACAGUACGCUGAUAGAGAGGAUUAUGUGCACAGCGGUUCCUUUCAGGAGGCCAUCAAACCAGUGCUCAUCAUAGCUCAGAUAUUUGCUCUGAUGCCCGUGCGUGGUGUCAGCUCCAAGUACGCCGAAGAUUUGAGCUUCAGCUGGCUGAGCUUUCGCUCCUGCUACUCGUUGGUGGUCAGCAUUUUGUUUUUGAUCAGCUCUGGCUACAUGGCCGCCUUUGUGAUGCAUGUGAAUUUUGACUUUGACUCGGUGGAAACUCUGGUCUUCUAUGGCUCGAUAUUUUCCAUCUCGGUGGCCUUCUUUCAUCUGGCAAUCAAGUGGCCAGCUCUAGUGAUUGAGUGGCAAAUGGUGGAGUCACAAUUGCCGGCUUUGCGCACCGAAAAAGAACGUGGCGCCUUGGCUCAUCACAUCAAAAUGAUUGUGAUAAUUGCCAUGGGUUGUUCGUUGGUGGAGCACUUGCUGAGCAUGCUGUCCAGCAUUUAUUAUGUCAACGCUUGUCCUGUGCUGCCCAAUCGACCCAUUGACAGCUAUUUGCUUAUAGUCUUUAGCAUGUUUUAUCACUUUGUGGAGUACUCUACUACUUUGGGUGUCCUAGGAAAGAUUGUCAAUGUGUUGGCCACAUUCGCCUGGAGUUUCAAUGACAUCUUCGUCAUGGCUGUCAGUGUUUCUCUAGCGGCACGCUUUCGCCAGCUCAACGAUUAUAUGCUACGUGAAGCCAGAAUGCCCACAAGCGCGGACUAUUGGAUGCAGUGUCGCAUUAAUUUUCGUAAUCUGUGCAAACUUUGCAAUGUUGUCGAUGAUGCUAUUUCAGUCAUAACUCUGCUCUGCUUCAGCAACAAUUUGUACUUUAUCUGUGGCAAGAUAUUGAAGAGUUUGCAGAAAAAACCUUCUGCUUCUCAUACCGCUUACUUUUGGUUCUCCUUGGGAUAUUUGCUUAUACGCACUUUGAUACUCUCGCUUUAUAGCGCCAGCAUUAAUGAUGAGUCUAAGCGGCCUUUGCUCAUCUUUCGACUGGUGCCUAGACAAUACUGGACAGCAGAGCUCAAGCGCUUUUCAGAGGAGGUGCACAUGGAUCAGGUGGCUUUAACGGGCAUGAAGUUCUUUCGGCUAACUCGAGGAGUUGUCAUAUCGGUGGCUGGCACAAUUGUCACCUACGAACUGAUUUUGCUGCAGUUCAACAAAGCGGACAAAACAGCUGAGUUAUCGCUUUCAAUGAGGCUUUUGCCCAAGUUGGGACGCAAAUUUCGGCGCUGGAAGAAGUUUAAGAAGUCGCCAUUGCUGAGGAAACUUGAUUUGCUGCACGAAACCGCUCGCAAGCGUGCCUUUUUAGAAACCUCGCAGGAUUAUAUAAGUCGACUGCAAGCGGAGUGCGAUGAAAAUGUGGUCACAAAAUUGCGUGGCAAAACCCGUGACCAAUUCCUCUACAAUGGCACUUUCCAUGAGGCUGUGGGCAAGGUGCUCCUCACCGCCCAAUUCUUUGCCAUGAUGCCGGUGCGUGGCGUCACAGCGAAGCAUCCCAGCAGCCUGAGCUUCUCCUGGCUGCAUGUGCGCACCUGCUGCUGUCUGUUGUUUAUCUCCUCCACGCUCAUCGAUCUGACCUUGACCAUCUUCAAGGUGUUGGAUGGACCCAUUAGCUUUAACAACAUUAAGCCCAUCAUCUUCAGAGGCUGCAUUCUGUUGGUCUGCAUGACAGCUCUCAAUUUGGCACGCAAGUGGCCCGAAUUGAUGAUGCAUUGGCACGACAUCGAACAGGACUUGCCACAGUAUCAGACGCAGAAGGAAAAGUGGCGUAUGGCGCAUACGAUACACAUGGUCAUGCUGGUGGGCAUGAUGCUGUCCUUUGCGGAGCACUUGCUCAGCAUGAUUUCGGCCAUCAACUACGCCUCGGUUUGCAAUGUCACCGAUGAUCCCAUUCGGAAUUUCUUUAUGCUUACCAACGAUGAGAUCUUUUACUUCAUGGGCUACUCGCCGCCCUUGGCGUUGUGGGGUAAACUACAGAAUGUAUACUCUACGUUUAUCUGGAACUAUAUGGAUGUGUUUGUGAUGAUUGUCAGCGUUGGCUUGGCAGCCAAGUUUCGUCAGCUCAACGAUAAUUUACUAAAGUUCAAAGGAAUGCACAUGCCACCUUCGUAUUGGUCGGAGAGACGCAUACAAUAUCGUAACAUUUGCGGCUUGUGUGGUAAAAUGGACAAUGCCAUAUCGUUGAUUACCAUGGUCUCCUUCUCCAACAAUCUCUACUUUAUAUGUGUUCAACUGUUGCGCAGUUUGAAUCAAAUGCCUUCGGUGACUCACGCUGUUUACUUUUACUUCUCGCUCAUAUUCCUAAUUGGACGUACGCUGGCCGUGUCCUUAUACGCAGCCAGCGUGCACGAUGAGUCGCGUUAUUCGCUGCGCUAUUUGCGCUGUGUGCCCAAGGAUUCGUGGUGCUCCGAGACGAAGCGUUUUGCUGAUGAAAUCACCAGUGAUUUGGUGGCGCUAAGUGGCAUGAAGUUCUUUCAUCUAACUAGGAAGUUAGUGUUGAGUGUAGCUGGCACCAUAGUCACCUAUGAGUUGGUGUUGAUACAAUUCCACGAGGAUCAGAAUCUCUGGGAUUGCGAUCAAAGUAAUUACUCGUAAUCGAUUUUUGUUUGCA